UCACUUGGGUUGCUGGUGGAACCAAAUCUCUGCCUGUGCCACAAUAUUGGUGUAUCUCUCAAACACUGCCCAAAAUAUCUUUGAUAGCAUGAAGUGGAUGUUAUCUGAGUAGCCAUGUCAGAAAUUAAAGCAUGGGCAGUUCUGGCUGAGUGUCUUGGAAUUAUCAUCUUUGUCUUUAUCAGCCUCUCAGCUACAAUAUGGGACAGAAAUAAUUCUUACCCUGACAUAAAAGAGGCAUUUGCCUUUGGCUUGUCCAUUGCCACAUUAGCUGAGUGUAUAGGUCAUAUUAGCGGUGCCCGCCGGAAUUCUGCCACCACCCUUGGCCUCCUGGCCAGCUGCUAGAUGAGUAUGCUCAGAGCCCUUUUCUACAUGAUAGCUCAGAUUUCAGAAACAGUGGCUGGCAGUGCCAUUGUGUAUGGUAUCAGGCCAAAAAACAUAGAUUUACUUGGUGAUAACACGCUAAAUGGAAUCAGCCCAUUGCAAGGUUUUGAUGUAAAAUUCCUUCUCACCCUUCAGUUGGUCCUGUGUGUGCUUGAUGUCACAGACAGAAGAUGUGCUUUCGGACUUGUACCUCUGGCAAUUGGAUUGUUGUUGUAGGGCUGGGCCACCUUGCUGGGCUGAGUAUCAAAAUAUUUCUACCCUCCAUCAAUUUGGUAGAUGGUUUCUCGAUCUUGCUGUGGCAUGAUACAAUGGAUUGGCAUAGGAUGAACUGGCUUUAAAUCAGUCUUGCUGAAGUUAUGGCCAGAGAGGCAAGUGGUGUUUUCCUCUGGUUUACAGAUCAGCUUCACAGGAUGCGG